CUUACACUGGCUGCAACAUCAUCGAAGUGCUUCAAUAGCCAACCCAACAAAGCACGAUUGCAGGAUGGUAACUGGUCAAUCAGCUCCCUGAGCUUAGCACCACAUAACGAUACUUCUUUAAUUGCUCCUGCUUCUUCAAAUUUAGAAAGCAAUUCUGUCGUGAGAAUAGGUUCUGGUAACUCUCUACAAUAAUGAUAAAUUUAGUAAUAUGAUGGUUAGGGAUAAUUUUAAUAAUCAUAAAAAAAAUAAAAACCUCAAAAAUUGUUUUAGAAGACUAGUUGAAACUGGCAAAUCAUAAUCAUGAAGGCAUACAGAUUCAUGAUUAUUGUACAUUUUCCGUACUUGUUGCACCCUAGAUUUAAUACCAGAUAUUUUAUACACAUUUUCAGCUGUUAAGCCUGCAAUCAAAAUGUUUGUAAAUAAUAAUUAACUGUUCUUGUCUAACCAACAUAAUUUUAAAAUGCUGUAGAUACCUGUUUCCUGAAUGUGAUCAAUGCAAUUUCGGAUAAUGAGUGGUAUGUCUACACCAUCAUGACAUUUACUUCUUUCAACAGCAACUGACAAUGGUACACCAAAAAUAGGAAGAUCCUCUACAACAAUCAUAUUUCGUCACAAUCAAACACAUAUUUUAUACAAUAAAAAUAAUCCACAAGUAAAACUUUUAUUUCUAAAUGAUAUAUACCAGCAACUUCAACAAUCUCUUCACAAUGUUUUUUCUUCUUUUCUUUAGAUUUUAAUUUUAUUUUUCCCUCUUUGUCUUUCUUCUUAUCUUUUUCUUUUUCAUCCUUUUUCUUGUCUUUGACAUCUUCUUUAUCUUUGCAAUCCUUUUCCCUAGACUUUUCUCUUUUUUCUUUCUUAGAAGGAAACUUAAAAGGUUUUGACUUCUUUGACUUUGAGGGACUCCUUAAAAUCAAACUCCAUCAGAAAACAAUUUAUAUAAGGACAAAUCACAAGUAAAAUAACAAAUAUAAAUAGCACUUACUUAACUUCAGUUUCUUCUUCAGGAGAACUUUCUCCUUCGAGGGUGGCAUAACCACGAUCUUUUUUGUCUUUUUUAUCUUUACGUUUACCAAUCAGCAAAUCUUUCUUAGAAAUCUUUUCAUGAGUCUCAUCACUAACUAAAAAUCGAAUGAUGCAUCAAAAUCAAUCAGUUUAUUAAUAUAAUAAAACCACAAUAAAAGGCACUUCUGAUAUGUGAGAAUGGAAUAAAAUAAAUAUAUUUAGAAACAAUAAUAAUACCUACAGUCACUGUCAUUGCUUCUUUUACCAGCAUCAGAAGCAUACAGUCCAGGAAAUUCACGUUCAACGUCUGGGCUUUCGAAUUCCAUUAUUGAUCUUUGCCAAACGCCCUCAAUUGAUUAAAAUUAUAAGUCAAAUAUUCAUGAAAAUCUUCUGCAUUCAUCAUUUCAAGGAAGGAAAAUAUUUUAUCAUUACAUGAAUGAGAAAGGAGGUUACUAAUGUGAUAACGGUUACCUUCUAAAGUGAUCUAUGACAUAUGGGUAUUUAGGUAGUGGGUAUUUACUUGUUACUAGGUUUAUUUUCAAUGUUUAAUUUAUGGUUCAAGUUCAGUUGGCAGCACGGUAGAUGUUUGCUAGGCAGCCGUCUCCUAAUCGACUAAGUUCUUUAAUAAAGGUACUGGAACCUCACAGCUCAAGGUUGACUGAUAAGGAAGUGUAAACAGCUGCUUGGGUUACUAAUGAUAACCCUAAUGAGUUGUAUACGUUGUGUGGGUGGAUUGAUAACUUUCAGUAUGGUUCUGGUACUAUCAACUUUUUUAUCUUUGUGCCCUAGUUAAAGCAUAUGCUUAUUCUUUCCUGCAAUAUUACACUUAAGACAAGGAUUAUUUGACAACUCCAUUAUAACAGAUGGAUGUUGCAAAAUCAUUUUUUGGCUCCAGGCCUCAUGAUGGAUACAGUGGAAAAGAAGACUACAAUUGGAAACAGCAGUAUCUGAUGACGAAGAGAUUACUGAUUUUACUUCCUCACAACCUAGUAAUGGACCUUUGGCUGAAGGUAUUAUUCCUACACCUGGGGGUCCUUUCUCAGCCCUUACCCCAUCGAUGUGGCCUCAAGACAUUCUUUCUAAGUUAGGGCAGAUACCAGAUGAUCCUAAUUCACAGCCUGAUUAUAGGUUUGAUGAGUUUGGAUUUCGAGUUGAAGAAGAAGAUGGUCCAGAACAAAACUCUAAUAAACUUCUAGGUGUGCCAUUAAUGGAAGAUGCUCAAGAUCGUCUGAAAUGGUUAGCACAUCUUGAAUUCAGUCACAACAAUGAUUCAAGUGACUUGACUUGGGAAAGAGUUGAACUGAGACUUCCCAAGACUGACAAAUUGCGACAGAUGGCAAGAGAAGGCAUUCCACAUUCACUUAGACCACAACUUUGGAUGAGGCUAUCUGGUGGUUUGGAGAAGAAGAUUAAUUCUGAAAUGAGCUAUAGAGAUAUAGUUAAAGUUUCUAGUAAUGAUGCUUUGGCAACAAGUAAACAGAUUGAAAAAGACUUACUUCGCACAAUGCCAAGCAACGCCUGCUUUAGUAAUAUGAAUAGUACUGGAGUUCCAAGGCUUCGAAGAGUUUUAAGAGGUUUAGCUUGGCUUUAUCCAGAUAUAGGUUACUGUCAAGGCACUGGUAUGAUGGCUGCUUCACUCCUUUUAUUAAUGGAAGAGGAAGAUGCUUUUUGGAUGAUGUGUACAAUAGUGGAAGACUUAUUGCCUGCUUCAUAUUAUUCAUCUUCUUUAAUUGGUAUUCAAGCUGAUCAACGAGUGCUAAGAACAUUAAUAUGCUCCUAUCUACCUGAUGUUGAUAUCACAUUAAAACAGCAUGACAUUGAAUUAUCUCUCAUCACAUUGCACUGGUUUCUUACAGUCUUUGCUUCAGUUGUCCAUAUGAAAAUUCUCCUUCGCAUCUGGGACAUGUUUUUUUUCGACGGUUCAAUUGUUCUUUUUCAAAUUACUCUUGGAAUGCUUAAAAUUAAAGAACCCACUUUGAGAAAUUUAGAAAAUUCAGCUCAAAUAUUUAAUGCAUUAUCUGACAUACCUGGAGAAAUAGAUGAUGUUGAACAGCUAUUAAAGGUUUCUUUGGAAGUUGCCUGUUCUUUGACUGAAGUAGUGAUUGAGACUCAUAGACGAAGGCAUCUUGCUUAUCUCAUGACUGACCAAGGAGCUCUUGUUGGAAACCCAGAAUCUGCUCCAAACCUCCCUAAACAACAUCUGACUAGGUUAGCAGCGAUCAUCCUUGGGUUUAUAGCUAGUAUUUUUUACCAUUUGGGAUUUGCCUGCGUCAAGAUCCUUAAUCCUUAUAGGAGGAAGUAGUUAGUUUCAUAGAAUGGAUACACCCUAACUGCACAUAUACUAACUAGUAUUGUUAUCACUUUUAAUUAUUAAUAGCACUUUCAAAACUAUAUUAAAAAGUAAAAAUAUAUUAAUGUUACAUUUAACAAUUAUAUAACUAAGAAUGAUUACCUAGUAAUCUCAUUAAGUUCAUUAUUAUAAAGCAAAUUGUUAAGUUAUUUUUUAAUUUAACUUUGAAUUGUUUUGAAGUUAAAUCUUAAUAAUGUUAUGAAUUUUUUUCGGAAUUAUGAUCUGAUUACUAAUAUUUAUAAUUUUAACACUAAUUAUUAAUGAUUGUAUUUAACCGGGAAAUAUUAAUUAAAAUGAAAAUGAAAAGAAAACAUUAUUUUAACCAUAAAAAAUAUGUUUUCACACUCAUGGAAUAUGAAAAAAAAUUACUAAUUACUUGUAGCUUUUAUUAGAAAUAUUGAUAAGAAUUUAGAUCUGCAAGAUUAAUCUAACUCUAAUUACUAAUAGACUAAAUAAGCUCUGAUACCUGGUAUAAAUUUAUCAUGAACUCAAUGCAUACAGUAAAAUCAUUAUAAAAUCCGCUGUUUACAGUAACCCGUUGUUACUUAAAACAAACAGAACUUUGUAUUUUUAUACAAAUGUUUAAACAAAUUUUGAACAUCUCUUUAUCUCUAAAAAAUAAUUAUCUAUUUCAGUGGUUCCCAACUUGCUUUUAGGCUUUACAUAGGGGGUGCUCCUCUUUUCCUUGAUCAAUGCAUAUCUAAUAGAGUUAUUUUUUAAAUUUCUUAGAUCCAGUUAGUCUGGGAGUUUUGAAUAAGAUAUCAAUCUGGGAUUGAUAUUGUGUAAUAAACUUAUUACCCAUCCUUUUAUUAAUAUCUGUUUUUUGUUUUUUUUUAUCCCUCACUUUUGGCAAAAUGCCUCCCCUUGCGGGUUGGGGGCUGCUGAUCAAUCUCAAUAAAAAUUGUUAUCACUUCUCAUUUCUUAAACUUAUUAUUUUUUUUUUUUUUAACAUUUUUCCCAUAUAUUGUGGAGAAAAGUUAUUUGAUAAAUUUAUUCUUUUGGUCUGUAGUAGAACAGUAUUGAAAAGAUGUUUAAAUUAUUUUUGAAUACUUAAUAGUCGACCAUUGUAUUUUAGAGGAAGUAGAUGGUCCAGGGUGGCGGUCAGAGAACAUUAGAGAAUUGUGGAAAUUACAUUUAGACAAAAAAUUAUAAACAAUGUGAAUAAGAUUGUUCAAAUUAUAAACAGUAAGUACAUUAAUAUAUGAAAAGAGCAAGCUAAGUAACAAGAUCCUAAACUGAAGUAAAUAGAUGCUAACAAUUGUUGUAGUGUAAUAUAUAAUAAAUGCAAUUAUGAAUAUACUCCUACAGAUCUUAAGGAGGGAUUGGAUGGAAGAAAAGGAUAAAUAAUAUGAAAUAAUGGUCAUAAAGAGAUGUGAAGAAAGAAUAGAAAACAGUAAAAAAAAAAAAAAAAAAAUAGAGACUUACAGGGGUGUUCAGCAAGGAGUUUUAUUCUAAAAUUUAAAAAGUUGGGUAGAGCACCCUUGGGAAAAUUUGCUGAGACCUUCUUGGUGAGUGGUGAGGGGUUAAGUAGUAAAAGCAAAACAAAACUUGGAACAUUGCGGUAUCUAAAAUUUGAAGAUAUUGAUGGAUACAAGAAAAAUACGAUAUCUAUGAACUAAUAAAUUAUAAAUACAUACAUAUACAUAUAAAAUAGAAUUGAGAAAUUAUAGAUAGGAGUACAAUGCGAAUAAAAACCAAAAUGAGAGAUGUAAAAUGUACAUAGAAGUAAAAUGUAAGUAUAAAAAUAAGAGAUCAUACAUUGCAGAACUAAUUUAGAAGUAUAGAGAAGAAGCAAUAAUUAUAACUAGUACAACUAAUUAUAAUUAUUCAUUCUUGUUUCUUCUCUAUACUUCUAAAUUAGUUUUACAAUGUAUGGUAUCUUAUUUUUAUAUUUACAUUUUACUUAUAUGUAUGUUUUAUUUCUUUUGUUUUUGAUUUUAUUUAUGGUCGGCUCACUGGACCAUCUCCUUCCUCUAAAAUUAUUUUUUUUAUCAUAGUAAUACCUACAGAUUAUAUAUUUGCCUUUUAGUAUAAAUAUUUUUCUAAUCAAAUAAGUGCUCUCUGAAGUGUAUUGGUGGAUUAUUAAUGUAUUUUUUAAAAACUAUUUAAGUUUUUUUUUUUGCAUAAUUAGCCUGCUUAGUUAUAAUACUCACUAACCUAUUUAGUAAAUAAUCACAUGGUGCUUUUGUAGUUAAACGAGAAAUAAGAACAAUUAUAUUAAAUAGCAUGAAUUUGUUUCAUUGAUAAAAAUAUGAUGUAUUAUUUAUUUUCUGAUCUGUACAAAAUCUUUGAAUAAAAUGUUAGAUGAUCAAAUUUCAUCUUAUAUUUUAACUCUAAGUCAGUUUUGAAUCAUUGACAUUCUGAGUUUUCCUUGUCGCAAACGAAUGUUAAAAGAUAAAGUGUUGGUAAUGGCUUUAAAGAAAAUAUAUUUUUUAAUUUAAUUAAAGAAAAUUAUUGGCUGCUAAAUACUUAAGUAAGUGCAGUCUCCAUUUCAUUAAUACAAUUACCAAAACCGUUUACUCAAAUUUACAUUACACUUACAAGAUGAUUUCAGUCAAGAGUAUAUUGAAUACUAUUUUAUUGUCAUGUAACAUCAUGGGAAUUUAAUUUUUUUAACGAUGUGUAAGUUUGAUUUGCUGAAUAACUUGACAGUUUUGUCAUGAAAUUUAAAAAAUAAGUUUUUACUCUAACAUUUUUAUUUGGUCUCUCACUCUGUUAGGAACAA